AUGUCUUUAAAUGAAGAAGAAUUGUCAUCUGUGCUUCUUGUCUCUUGUAUGAUCAUUAGUAUAGGACGAACAAAAUUUUUUUACAGAACCGUCUUUGCAAUGAGUUUUCGAGUAGUGCAGUAUUUUAUUACAAAUUCACAAUCACUAUAUAAAAAUUCGACAAUUUGUUCAACAACUCUUGAGGUUGGACUGAAAGUGUGA